CUGCCGGUGCGGUAGGAGCGUCCGGUGCGGCGGCCGGAGGGCGCUGCAUGUCGUGGUUCAGCGGCAUCCUGGUGCCCAAGGUGGACGAGCGGAAGACGGCAUGGGGGGAGCGCAACGGCAAGAAGGGCCCCCGGCCCCGAGCCGGCCUCUGUGGCCCCCGCUACAUGAGCUGCCUGCAGGACCCUGAGAUGGAGCGGGGCGCGGGACCUCCCCGGGGGCUGCACUGCACUUGGCAGGAGGAUCACUACGGCAAGAAGGGGGCCGCGGGCGACCUGGGACUCAAAUCUGUGGACACGGGCUUGGAGGACGGCGAGGCCAAGGGGCCGAAGGGAGCGGCGGGACAUGGGGGGCGGCCGUCGGCCGGCGAGUGCUGGCGGCGCCUGCUCCAGGUUUUCCGCUCCAAACGCUUCCAGUCGGCCAAACUGGAGCGGCUUUACCAGCGCUACUUCUUCCAGAUGAACCAGAGCAGCCUGACGGUGCUGAUGGGAGUGCUGGUGCUGGUUUGUGGGGUGAUGCUGCUCUUCCUCUGCCUGCCCGGUACCCCCCACGUGCCGGCGGCCGCAGCGCUGGCCGGUGCCACGGCGCUGUUCCUGCUCCUCAUGGUGCUGUGCAGUCGCAGCGCCUUCCCCCAGGACUACAUGUGGGUGGUGAGCUACUUGGUGCUGGGGCUGCUGGCCGGGGUGCAGGCGCUGGGGACGGUGGCCGUGGCUCCCCGAAGUGCUGCCGAGGGCGUUUGGUGGAGCGUUUUUUUCAUCUACAUCACCUACACGCUGCUGCCCGUGCGGAUGCGGGCGGCCGUGCUGGCCGGGGUCCUGCUCUCCGCCCUGCACCUCGCCAUCGCCUGGCACCGCAACGCCGCCGACCCCUUCCUCUGGAAGCAGCUCAGCGCCAAUGCCCUGAUCUUCCUCUGCACCAAUGUGGUGGGGGUCUGCACCCACUACCCGGCCGAGGUGUCGCAGCGCCAGGCCUUCCAGGAGACCCGGGGCUACAUCCAGGCACGCCUGCACCUCCAGCGGGAGAACCGUCAGCAGGAGCGGCUGCUGCUGUCAGUGCUGCCACAGCACGUGGCCAUGGAGAUGAAGGAGGACAUCAACACUAAGAAGGAGGACAUGAUGUUCCACAAGAUCUACAUCCAGAAGCAUGAUAACGUCAGCAUCCUCUUCGCGGAUAUUGAGGGCUUCACCAGCCUGGCCUCGCAGUGCACGGCCCAGGAGCUGGUGAUGACACUCAACGAGCUCUUUGCCCGCUUUGACAAGCUGGCUGCAGAGAACCACUGCCUGCGCAUCAAGAUCCUGGGGGACUGCUACUACUGCGUGUCGGGGCUGCCGGAGGCGCGUGGGGACCACGCUCACUGCUGCGUGGAGAUGGGCGUGGACAUGAUUGAGGCCAUCUCGCUGGUGCGUGAGGUGACAGGGGUGAACGUGAACAUGCGUGUGGGCAUCCACAGCGGGCGGGUUCACUGCGGCGUCCUGGGGCUGCGCAAGUGGCAGUUUGAUGUCUGGUCCAACGAUGUCACCCUUGCCAACCACAUGGAAGCGGGCGGCAAAGCUGGGCGCAUCCACAUCACCUGGGCAACGCUGCAGUACCUGAACGGGGACUAUGAGGUGGAGCCGGGCCACGGGGGUGAGCGCAAUGCCUACCUCAAGGAGCACAACAUCGAGACCUUCCUCAUCGUUGGCUGCAGCCAGAAACGCAAGGAGGAAAAAGCCAUCCUGGCCAAGCUGCAGCGCACUCGUGCCAACUCCACCGAGGGGCUGGUGCCACGCUGGGUGCCCGAGCGCUCCUUCUCCCGCACCAAGGACUCCAAGGCCUUCCGGCAGAUGGGCAUCGAUGACUCCAGCAAGGACAACCGUGGUGCCCAGGAGGCCCUCAACCCUGAGGAUGAGGUGGAUGAGUUCCUGAGCCGGGCCAUCGACGCCCGCAGCAUUGAUCAGCUCCGCAAGGAUCACGUCAAGAAGUUCCUUCUCACCUUCCAGACCCCUGAGCUGGAAAAGAAGUACUCCAAGAAGGUUGAUGACCGUUUUGGUGGCUAUGUGGCCUGUACCCUCCUCGUCUUCUGCUUCAUCUGCUGCCUCCAGAUCCUGGUGUUCCCCCACUCCUCGCUGAUGCUCGGGGUCUACGUCAGCGUCUUCGUCCUCCUUGCUGCCAUCCUCUUCAUCUGUGCCAUCUACUCCUGCGUCACUCUCUUCCCCACCGCCCUGCAGCAGCUCUCCCGUGGCAUCGUCCAGUCCCGUGCCCGCAGCACCGGCAUCGCCGUCUUCACCAUCCUCCUCGUCUUCAUCGCUGCCUUUGUUAACAUGUUCUCCUGUAGCCGCGUGGCCCUGCGGGACUGUGCUGCCCGUGAGCUCAACAUCACCCCCGGGUCCGUGGGGCCCUGCCAGCUCCGUGCCCUCAACUUCUCCCUGGGCACCCCCAUGGGCUCCUGCCACGGUGACGGGCUGGCCUGUGACUUCCCCGAGUACUUCAGCUACAGCGUGGUGCUCAGCCUGCUGGCCUGCUCCGUCUUCCUGCACAUCAGUAGCAUCGGGAAGCUGCUGCUCAUGGUGGCCAUCGAGGCCACGUUCCUGCUGUUGGUGGAGGGGCCUCACGCAGCCCUCUUUGACAAUGCCGACCUGCUGGUCCUGGCCAAUGCCCUGCCCCCUUUCAACAUGACCCAGGGAGGAGAGUGCCCAGCAGAGGGGAAGGUGGCCCUGCGCUACGUGACCCCCGUGGUCCUGGCCGUGUUCGCCCUUGCCUUGUACCUGCACGCGCAGCAGGUCGAGUCCACCGCCCGCCUCGACUUCCUCUGGAAGCUCCAGGCGACGGGCGAGAAGGAGGAGAUGGAGGAGCUCCAGGCCUACAACCGGCGGCUGCUGCACAACAUCCUGCCCAAGGAUGUGGCCGCGCACUUUCUGGCACGGGAGCGGCGCAAUGACGAGCUCUACUACCAGUCCUGUGAGUGUGUGGCCGUCAUGUUCGCCUCCAUCAGCAACUUCUCCGAGUUCUACGUGGAGCUGGAGGCCAACAAUGAGGGUGUGGAGUGUCUGCGGCUGCUCAACGAGAUCAUCGCCGACUUCGAUGAGAUCAUCAGCGAGCAGAAGUACAGGCAGUUGGAGAAGAUCAAGACCAUUGGCAGCACCUACAUGGCGGCAUCGGGGCUCAACGCGGCCACCUACGACCGCGAGGGCCGGAGCCACAUCGCGGCACUGGCCGACUACGCCAUGCACCUCAUGGAGCAGAUGAAGUACAUCAAUGAGCACUCCUUCAACAACUUCCAGAUGAAGAUUGGCCUGAACAUGGGCCCAGUGGUCGCAGGGGUCAUCGGGGCUCGCAAGCCCCAGUAUGACAUUUGGGGCAACACCGUCAACGUCUCGAGCCGCAUGGACAGCACUGGGGUCCCCGACCGCAUCCAGGUGACAACAGACCUGUACCAGGUGCUGGCUGCCAAGGGCUACGUGUUGGAGUGCCGGGGGCUGGUCAAGGUCAAGGGCAAGGGGGAGAUGACCACCUACUUCCUCAAUGCGGGCCCUGGGGGCAGUUAGGGGGGGGGUCCUCAUGGUGUCCCCCCACGCUGGGGACUCCCCCAGCCUGUGCCAACCUCAGGCAAAAAAAAAAAAAAAAAAAAAAGAAAAA